AUGGAUGGGGCCUCGGCCGGCAGUGACGGCCGCCCCCAACAACCCGCUGCUGCCGCGCUCGCAUCAAAGAAUGAAACCUCGGCCGCUGCGACACCAAAACCGGAGCCGAAAGCUGCCGCCGCGGACAUGACGAUUGAGUACGAUGAUUUCGGUUUGCCGAUAAGGAAAUACGUGGCGCCCACGGGGGGCAAGACGGCUGCUGCUGACAGCACUGCUGCUGUUGCUACUUCAACGGCUGCGGGUUCUGUUGCUGGUGGCCAAAUAAAGAAGCCGGCGGCAGCAGCAGAUAAGAAAAAAGAAACGACGGGCACUGCCGAGGGGACAGCGACCAGCGGGACACCGGGCAACACCAAGACAAAAGCGAAAUCGGACAAGGACCAAAAACCGAAACACUCCGUCUCACCCAGUAGCAGCAACACAGCAGACGUUGUUGCUGCUGCUGCUUCGAACACCACGCCCAACACACAAUUGGGAGAUCAGAAACAACAACCUGCAAAUGCGAGUUCCGGCGAGCCUAGCCCACUCCGAGACCAGGCUGUGGCCGAAGCCGAAAAGACCGAACCCGUGGCAACAGAGCAGAAACAAGAUGGGAGCAACAGCAAGAGGGCGAGCGCGAUUGGGAUGUCCGAGUUUUCCCACCAGCAGCUCACGACAAAGCAGCCGGAACAGAAGGCAGAGGAGGAGGACGAAUGGCAGACCAUGCCGGCGUACGCGCCGUACGACAUGUACGACGACGACAACAAGCUGAUCGCCAAGGAGUACGUCGAGGCGGACGACGACGAGACGUAUGGGUACGCGGGGCUCGGUGGGGCUGGGAAAGGGUACACCAAAGUGCUGCUGGAUGACGACGCCGAGUCGGCGACUAGCAUGGACGAACACACGCAGUAUCUGUUCAAGGACGGCGGCGGGGGCACGAGCACAGGCGUGACGGACGACGAUGACGCGCAACGGGACGCGGUCAGCCAGCUGCAGGCCACGAAAGAGCUGCUGACAGAGGGCCAGCGGGUGGCGUACGUCGGCCUAACGAGACUGGAGCUGUCGUCGAUGCUGAAGGACGCCGAGGGGUUGGUGAGGGGGUCGUCCAGGACCAAGAAGCAGAUGUCGGUGGCGGCCGAGAGCAUGAAGAUGUGGAGCCAGAAGAUGAUGAUCCGGCUGUACUCGCACAUGGAGAUCAGCGCGGCCGAGCAGGUCAUGAUCGAGCAGCUCAGCUCGCACGGCGUGAUGCCGCAGGACCUGACCCCCGUGCUGAUGGCUAACGCCCGCGUGCGGAACCCCAUGGCUGCUUCUGCGACGGGCGCCGCGGAGAAAGACGCGCGGUCGUCCGUCUCCAGCCGGUCCACGCCCUCCCGCCCGACGUCCCGCCCAGCCUCGAUCGCGAGUCCAAGUCCGGGGAUAGAACACGCGGCCGAGCCGCCCCCAGCGUACGUAGCUGACGACGACACGGAGCUGACGGCCCCCGUACGGACACCGUCACAGCUACCGACGACGCAGAAGAUCGACAUCGACAUCCGCUGGACCGUGCUGUGCGACCUGUUCCUGGUCCUCAUCGCCGACUCCAUCUACGACUCGCGAUCGCGACAGCUGCUCGAGAGAGUCGCCCGCGACCUCGACAUCACCUGGCUCGACAUCUGCCGCUUCGAGAAGAAGGUCACCGACGCCCUGGAGAUGCAGGCCAACUCUGAGACGGAGAACUGGAACGAGGACGAACACAUGGAGAACCGCCGCAAGCUGGCACUCCGCCGGCGCUACGUCAUGAUGGGCCUGGCCACCGUCGGCGGGGGGCUUGUCAUCGGUCUGUCGGCGGGCUUGCUCGCGCCGGUCAUCGGCAUGGGUCUAGCGGCCGGGUUCACGACGAUUGGGAUCGGAGGCACGGGCGGGUUCCUUGCGGGGGCGGGUGGCGCCGCGAUCAUCACGUCGAGUGCGGCUGCGUCGGGCGGAAUCAUUGGCGUGCGAGCGGCUAACCGGCGGACGGGGGCUGUGAAGACGUUUGAGUACCGGCCGCUGCACAACAAUAAGCGGGUGAAUCUGAUUGUGACGGUGUCGGGGUGGAUGACGGGCAAGGUGGACGACGUGCGGCUGCCGUAUAGCACGGUAGACCCCGUUAUGGGAGAUAUUUACUCGGUGUUGUGGGAGCCGGAAAUGUUGACGAGCAUGGGUGACACUAUUAAUAUUCUCGCGACCGAGGCCCUCACGCAAGGUCUCCAGCAGGUCCUGGGCAGCACCAUCUUGAUCAGUCUGAUGGCUGCCCUUCAGGUUCCCGUCGUCCUAACCAAGCUCUCCUACCUCAUCGACAACCCCUGGGCUGUCUCGCUCGACCGUGCCACCAUGGCUGGCCUGAUCCUGGCCGACUCGCUCAUCGACCGCAACUUGGGUACACGCCCCGUCACACUCGUCGGCUACUCCCUCGGCAGCCGCGUCAUCUUCUCGUGUCUGCAGGAGCUGGCCAAGAAGGGCGCCUACGGCCUGGUGCAGAACGUGUACCUGUUCGGCAGCCCCGUCGUCGUUAAGACAGACGAGUACCUGCGGGCCCGCGCCGUCGUAUCUGGCCGCUUCGUGAACGGGUACAACCGCAACGACUGGAUUCUCGGGUACUUGUUCCGCCUGACCAACGGCGGGAUCCGGCGUGUGGCAGGGCUAGCCGCGAUAGAGGACGUGCCCGGGCUGGAAAACAUGGACGUGUCCGAGUUUGUGGUCGGCCACAUGGACUACCGCACGGCCAUGCCGCGUUUGCUGCGCGAGUGUGGCUGGAUGGUAGAGCACGACGAGUUCACGGAGAUUGAAGAUCCGGAUCCGGAUAACUAUCAGGAACGACAGCGCGAGCUGAUCACCGAGAUUGAGGAGGCGCGCCGGGAGCUGGAGAAGGAAGAGAAGGCGGCGGCGGCCAAGGGGACUACCGGUAAAGGCGGCGCGUUUGGCGGUUUCUUCAAGCGGAAGAAGGCACCGCAGAAGCAAGAGUGGGAACUCUACGAGGAGGCCAAGGCCGGUAACAAGGCCGCUGCUGCCGGAACGGCCGCUGGCGGUAAUGCUAGCGGCAGCGGGAAAACGGAGGAUAGAGAAGGGAAUAAUCACGGCGUCCUCUUCGACGUCGAUGCGAUCCGCGCCGAGAUCGCCAAGGAAACCGUAAACCAGCAACAAGCCGACGAAGAACUCCUCCAAGUCCGCGAAAUAAAAAGUACCCUCCCACCUAUCAAACUCGCUCUCGACAACAACAACAACACCCUCUCCCCACCAGGGAAAACCCUCCGCGAAACCAGGAGCGCAGAAAUCAUCGCCCAGGAUUAUCAACCACCACCCCCUACCGCCGGCAGCGGUAGUGGCUAUGAACCAACCCGUCGUUCUCACGAGCCAUCUCUUUCGCUCUCGCGAGACCGCAACCCGACCUUCCCGCUAACCGGCAAAUCCGAUGCGGGGGGCAGGAGUAGAAGCAGUAGUGGGUAUCAUACGUUUGGCUAUGGUGCCGAUUACCAAGGGAAUGGGUACGGGCAUGGGCAUCAUGGUGAUGAUGACGGCGUGCAGAUGACUUUUGAGACGGGGUUUGACGACGAUGACCAUCAUCCUACGCCAUCAAGUAAUACUGCUGCGGCUACUAAGGUUGAAGACACACCUGAGAGUGGAAAUGGCCAGGCGAGACCGGGGAUACGCUCGUCUCAGACAGUGCCGAAUAUCACGCUGGCGGAUCCGUGGGCGGACGAGGAAGAGGAGUUUGGAAGGGAGAAGGAGAUUAAGAUGACAUUUGCUUGA